UAUCUCGAGGAGGGAGAAAGGAAGGGAAAGAGCAGAGAUAUCGACGGCACGCCUGUAUCGAUAAAGAAUCGUCCAGUAUCGACCUCUAUAUUUGCACGUUAAGGGAUUUCUGACUACCUGUGUGCAUGUGUGCCCGUGUCCUCGGUAGAAAUAGUUGGAUGACGCCGUGUGUUAGUAAUAUCGUGUAUCGCAAAAUAUAACCUCACAAUAAAAUGCUCGAAUCCCUAUCGGUGUCGUUAAAGGUACUACUCUUGAGACAAAUUUGAUUUUACUCAGUCGCAUUGGCCUAAGGACGCCCAGGCGUGCACGUUACACCAUGAAAGUGAUCGUGAAGAAGCUUCAAGGGAAAGAAUGUGUUGUUGACAUUACACCUUCAGACACAGUUCUUCAGUUAAAGCACAAAGUUAGCGACCUCUUGGGUAUAGACGUUCCACAACAGAGACUGUUGCUUACGGGCAAAACAUUAGCUGAUGAAAAUCCACUAAGUUUCUAUCCAGGCAUCAAGGAUGGGAGCAAGUUAAAUCUUUUGGUUAUUAAAAAGGCGGAAGAAGGAUCCAGCGAAGGAAGAGCUUCGCAUAGCAAGUCUGGCACGCAUCUCUUACGAGAUGAGAUUUCUAGAGUUUUGAGGCAUUAUUACACAGAAUCAGAAACGGAGUCGAUAAUUAAUGAGUUGAUAAAAGACCUGAAAAAUAAAGUGAAUAACCUUAGCUACGAUGACUUAGAACGACUAGCGACCGCACUCCUUCAGGACCAAGAAAACAUAGCUUAAGACGAAAAAACUUCAGUUUCCCAACUUCUCUCGCUUAUUAUUUGAUUAUUGUAAUACACUUUUAUUUAAUUAAA